AGUAACAUUUGAAGUUGCUCGUGCUUGAGGGGAAGUUGUUUGUCGAGGUAUUCGUUGUUUUCUUUGUUUUUUAUGGUUAAAAUAGCAAUCUAAGGAACUUGUUUUGAUCGCAGAAGAUCCCCAAGACAUCUCGGAAUCAUGUUUGACCCAGAUGAUGAUGGUGCAUAUGGUGAUGAAGAGGGUGAAGAAAUUACCCCAGAUUUAUGGCAGGAGGCAUGUUGGAUUGUCAUCAGCUCAUAUUUUGAGGAGAAAGGCCUGGUCAGGCAACAACUUGAUUCAUUUGAUGAGUUCAUUCAGAUGUCAGUUCAGAGAAUUGUUGAGGAUUCACCCGAGAUUGAGUUGCAAGCGGAAUCACAACAUAUGACUUCAGAUAUGGAAGAACCUCCAAAGUACACCUUGAAGUUUGAGCAAAUUUACCUUUCAAAGCCAACUCACUGGGAGAAAGAUGGUGCUCCCACAGCUAUGAUGCCUAAUGAAGCAAGACUUCGAAAUCUGACGUACUCUGCUCCGCUGUAUGUUGAUAUUACAAAGACAAUGCAUAAGGAAGGCCAGGAACCUCAAGUCCAAGAAAAUGGCAAAACAUUUAUUGGGAAAAUCCCAAUCAUGCUUCGUUCUACGUACUGUUUGCUAAGUAACCUCUUAGAUCGUGAUUUGACAGAACUUAAUGAAUGUCCAUUAGACCCUGGUGGUUAUUUCAUUAUUAAUGGAUCUGAGAAGGUUCUGAUAGCUCAAGAAAAGAUGGCGACGAAUACUGUUUAUGUGUUCGCAAAGAAAGACUCGAAGUACUCCUACACUGCGGAAAUUCGGUCAUGUAUUGAACAUUCGUCUCGGCCAACAAGCACAAUGUGGGUGUCUAUGCUGGCUAAAGGAAGCCAGGGUGGAAAGAAGAGUGCUAUUGGUCAACGUAUUAUUGCAACAUUGCCUUACAUCAAACAGGAAAUUCCAGUUAUGAUCGUGUUCCGAGCUCUGGGUUUUGUCGCAGAUCGUGACAUUUUGGAGCAUAUUAUUUAUGAUUUUGAAGAUCAAGAAAUGAUGGAAUUGGUGAAGCCAUCCUUGGAUGAGGCAUUUGUUGUCCAAGAACAAAACGUUGCACUCAACUUUAUUGGAACUCGUGGAGCAAGACCAGGGGUGACCAAAGAAAGACGUAUCAAAUAUGCGCGCGAAAUUCUUCAGAAGGAAAUGCUUCCCCACGUUGGUGUGAGUGACUUCUGUGAGACAAAGAAAGCUUAUUUUCUUGGGUACAUGGUCCAUCGUUUGUUGCUGGCAUCUUUGGGAAGAAGGGAGCUUGAUGAUCGUGAUCAUUAUGGCAACAAGAGACUGGAUCUUGCUGGACCACUUUUGGCUUUUCUUUUCCGAGGUUUAUUUCGUAAUCUCAUGAAAGAAGUUCGUCUUUAUGCUCAAAAGUUCAUUGAUAAAGGCAAAGACUUUAAUUUGGAGUUGGCUAUUAAAACCAAGACGAUUACAGAUGGUCUGAAAUACUCCCUUGCGACAGGAAAUUGGGGUGAUCAGAAGAAAGCCCACCAAACGAGAGCUGGAGUAUCUCAGGUCUUGAAUCGUCUCACCUUUGCGUCAACGUUAUCCCAUUUGAGGCGUCUUAACUCACCUAUUGGUCGAGAAGGCAAACUUGCAAGACCUCGUCAGUUGCAUAACACUCAUUGGGGUAUGAUAUGCCCAGCCGAGACCCCAGAAGGCCAUGCUGUGGGACUGGUGAAGAAUCUAGCCUUGAUGGCGUAUAUAUCAGUCGGUUCUCAGCCCAGUCCUAUCUUGGAGUUCUUGGAAGAAUGGACCAUGGAGAAUCUGGAGGAAAUUACACCAUCUGCAAUUCAUAAUGCUACCAAGAUCUUUGUGAAUGGAUGCUGGGUUGGAAUCCAUCGAGAUCCUGAUCAACUUAUGUCAACUUUACGAAAACUGCGACGACAGAUGGACAUCGUUGUGUCAGAGGUUUCAAUGGUACGCGAUUUCCGAGAAAAGGAGAUUCGAAUUUACACCGACGCUGGUCGUAUCUGUCGACCUCUAUUGAUCGUUGAGAACCAGAAACUGCUUUUGAAGAAGCAACAUAUAGAAAUGUUGAAAGAAAGAGAGUACAACGAAUAUGGGUGGCAAGACUUGGUAGCCAAUGGCGUUGUGGAAUAUAUUGAUGUGAACGAGGAGGAAUCAGUGAUGGUUGCCAUGACGCCAGAAGAUUUGAUUGACAAAGGCGUGAUUUAUUGUUCAACCUACACUCAUUGUGAAAUCCAUCCCUCAAUGAUCCUUGGUGUCUGUGCUUCAAUUAUACCAUUUCCAGAUCACAAUCAGUCUCCUCGUAACACAUACCAGUCCGCUAUGGGUAAACAAGCCAUGGGAGUGUACAUCACGAACUUCCAUGUACGUAUGGAUACACUUGCACAUGUCCUCUACUAUCCACAAAAGCCGCUGGUUACCACUCGUUCUAUGGAGUAUCUUCGUUUCAGAGAGUUGCCCGCUGGUAUUAACGCUAUUGUUGCAAUCGCCUCUUACACUGGGUACAAUCAAGAAGAUUCUGUCAUCAUGAAUGCUUCGGGAAUUGACCGUGGUUUGUACAGGUCCGUGUUUUAUCGUUCUUAUCGCGAACAAGAAUCUAAGAAGGGUUUGGAGUCGGAAGAACUGUUUGAAAGACCUUCCAGGGAGGAAUGUCAAGGCAUGCGCAAUGCAAUCUACGACAAGCUUGACGACGACGGACUUAUCGCCCCAGGAACACGCGUCAGCGGUGAUGAUGUUGUCAUUGGUAAAACUAUGACACUUCCAGAAAUUGAGGACGAGUUUCAAAGCAGCAACAGACGUUUCACGAAGAAAGAUGCCAGUACGUUUCUGAGAGCGAGCGAAACUGGCAUUGUAGAUCAAGUUCUUGUCACAAUAAACCAAGAUGGUAACAAGUUUACAAAAGUCAAGGUUCGGUCCGUACGGGUUCCUCAGAUUGGGGAUAAGUUUGCCAGUCGUCAUGGACAAAAGGGAACAUGCGGGAUAACCUACAGACAAGAGGACAUGCCAUUCACCUGUGAAGGAAUUACACCUGAUGUCAUUAUAAAUCCUCACGCCAUCCCAAGUCGUAUGACAAUCGGUCAUUUGAUUGAAUGCCUUCAGGGAAAGGUCUCGGCCAAUAAAGGAGAGAUUGGAGAUGCUACGCCAUUUAAUGAUGCUGUAAAUGUACAGAAAAUCUCCCAGCUUCUUGCUGAGUAUGGCUACCAUUUGAGAGGAAAUGAGGUUCUAUACAACGGUUUUACUGGUAGGAAAAUGAACGCUCAAGUGUUCAUUGGACCAACAUAUUAUCAGCGUCUCAAACACAUGGUGGAUGACAAGAUUCAUUCUCGAGCAAGAGGACCCUUGCAGAUACUCACGAGACAACCCAUGGAGGGUAGAUCACGCGAUGGUGGUUUGCGUUUUGGUGAAAUGGAACGGGAUUGUCAAAUCUCUCAUGGCGCAGCUCAGUUUCUUAAUGAACGUUUGUUUGAAUGUUCAGAUGCAUACAGCUGCCAUGUUUGUGAUCUUUGCGGUCUGAUUGCCAUCGCAAAUCUCAGAAAUAACACAUACGAGUGCCGUGGAUGCAAAAACAAGACACAGAUUUCUCGUAUUCGUAUUCCUUAUGCGGCAAAGUUGCUCUACCAGGAGCUCAUGUCAAUGUCAAUCUCUCCACGUAUGAUGACUGUGGAGCCUGUAAAAUAAAUUUAGACUUGUUGUAAUCACCAGUAACUUGUUUUAUACCACCAGAGACCCACAAGUCUCUCAAAAAACAUUCUCAGAAAACCUUUCGUUUGACAGUAAUUCGGUAGUUUUACAAAUUCUUCAACAGGUUUACUUUAUGAAAGGUUUGUUGGGGAAACGU